UUCCACGUCACGGCAAUCACUGUAAAUUGUGGGAGAAGGAAACCAGCCAGUGGACAGGAUUUGACUUUUGAAGAGGAAUGAAUGAAUAGGAACCGUCUUAUCUCUCCUAAGUCGAGAUAAUGAAGAUGAAGCGGACGCAUCUUUAAAUUAAAGUGAAACGGCAGCAGCAGUCUGGUAGUGAGAAAUCCUCCUCCUGUCCUGUUUAGGAGAUGUUUGGAAACCUGAAUAGUCCAGCAGUCGUAGGAGGAGAAAGAGUGUGGAGUAGCGUUGGCGUUGGCGUUGGUUCUUCCGUAUCUCUUAUUCUUGUCAACAAGAAGAAGAAGCUCCCUGAUCAUAUUCAUUAUAAUACCACCAGGAUAGCAACAAAAAUAUGCAGCAAUUGGAGGAGGAGGAGGAAGUUGUCCCCCGGAAUAGCAAAUACUAGAACUAACAGCAACAAUAAUACUCCUCCUCCUCCUCCUCCUCCUAGGGGGAAAUUGCCGACGAUGAUGGUCUCAAUAAUAUUAUUUGGAUGCGGUUUCACGUUGGGUCCUCUGAUUGAUGGACUACAUUCGCGGGUCGACCUUAUGGUGUACCAGACGGGAGCCAUUGACAUUGGCCCGCUUCACACCAAUGUUUGGGUCCCGCCAUUGCUUGGAUUGUUCUAUGCUUCCGUUGGCCUGCUUCAACUCCAGCUUGACGAGAAGACGGCUCCAAGAAUAGGUAGCCUCCGGGAGAAAACUGCGGCCUCCCUCGCGGCAUUGGUGUUGUUUAUCCAAGUAAGUGCGGAAAUGUACCAAGCUGGGGUGCCGGAUAACAUCGAAGCUUACGUACUGUUUGCGGCCGCGGAACUCAUAUGGUUGCUGAUUGAUAACACGGCAGCCGGAUUUUUACUGGCUUCUGUUGUAGGCAUCGCUUGCCCGCUCGCAGAGAUUCCCAUAAUGAAGUUGUUCAACCUAUGGUACUAUCCCCGAGCAAACGUUGAGAUCUUUGGUCAGGGGCUCGUCUCUUGGACUAUCACUUGCUAUUUCGUCUACACUCCGUUUUUGAUUAAUUUAUCACGCUAUCUAAAAUCAAGGCUUGCGGCUUCUGUGGAUGAAAGCGAAUCAGAAUCUGCCUAGGCAACCCCUCAUAUUCAUUCCUUCAUCAGCUGAUAGACAACUGGAUCUUCCUCAAGCACCCGAAAUGAACCGGGAUCAUGGGAUGAAGAUGGAAUCAACCACACUCAUCACGGGAAGACGGGAAUUUGAAUGAACUGAAUAACAUAAAAUCAUCACACUCCCCUCCUAUGUAAUGUAGUAUUUGAGAUGGACACGAUAAGCAAAGCACUACCAACAUGUCUGCUGUUGCUGUUGACUUCAUCUGCUUGAAUCAACAUGGUACUGUGUUGUAGAGUGGCACGGAAUUCGUUCA